AUGAGAUUCAGUAAAGUAAAUUAUAAUUUAACGUCGUUCAGUUUAUAUAUUAAAGGGAGUACUUCAUUUUCAGAAGUGCUUACGGAAAAAGACUUACUGGUAGCUCAGAUAAAAGCUUCUAAUCAAGAGCUACUUUCAUCGAAGAAAAUGUUAAUCGAAGAGAUUAACAUGGAGCGAGAAAGGUCAGCAAAUUUGCAACGCGAAUUGCAUGAAGCUGUUGAGUUGUGCGAGAAUGGUAAACAACUCCUUAAAGAAAAAGAAGAAACAAUCGUAGAAUUGCAGAGGUUUUAUGGAGGACUAAUGGAAAAAACCGUUACUUCUGAUGGGCAGUCGCAGACUGAUGAUCUACAGGAAUAUGUACGAAGUCUGGAGGUGGAAUGUGAAAGAUUGCGCGAGAUCGAGAAAGUAACUUUCGAAAAGGAUGCGUUGUUGAAAGAAAGACAGAAAUUACUAAACAUUCUUGAAAUGGAAUUGCAGACUGCAAAAGCUGAGGCCUUAGCUGAAAAGGAGAAAAAGAGAGCGGAAGAAGCGGUUUGGGAAGAAGUGAGACAGGGAUUUGGCACUGAAAUUCAAGCAUUGAGCAUGCACGUACUGGAAUUGGAACGUUCUAAAGAAGAAGAGCAAACUUCAGCAGCUCAGAAUUUUGAAAUGAUUAAACUAACAUUAGAAGCAAAAAUAAAGGAAAGCGAAGAGGAGAUUAAGAGAAAAGAUGAAGAAAUGAAAGUAGCACUCAAGAAACAGUCUUCAAUGGUGAAGGAAUUACGACGUCAAGUGCAGUCGGAGAAAAAACGGGCUGAACAAGCCGAAAAGCACUUGGAUGACGUCCUUGGCAUGGGUGAUGCUAGUGUCUAUACAAACAGUAACGCUCGAAUACGAGUAGCUGGAUCACCAGCUACUCUUUCUGAUCGUUUCAAAAUGAAAGGUGAUGGAGAAUCCAGCAUUUGCUCUUGGGCAUUUGUGGCAGAACCAGAUAGAAAUUCCUUUCAUAAUUUCGACGAAGAAAGUUCUUGUUCAGCAUCAAUUUUAGAAGCUGACAAUGCAGAAUUAAUUAGUCGUUUAGCUAUUUUGCAAAAGAAACAUGCCGAGACCAUUGACCGUUUAAAUAUGAUCGAAGAAGAGAAUACAUUGCUGCGAAAGGAAGUAGAUGAAAAGAGUGAAGUGAUUGCCCAGUGGAUUCGUACUAUACCCGAUACUAAUCAUAGCCCGCAAGUGGCUAAUUCAUCACCUGGUUUGCGGUUUCGUCGCGUGCUCGAAAUGGUUCGUAUGGAUGAAUCAGCUGCUGAUAUACGUGAUAUGAAUCGACGAUUACAGCGUAUGCUUGAGGAAACGCUGUCGAAAAAUCUAGUUUUACAAAAGAACAUCCAGACUUUAUUGGAGAAAGAUGGUAAUUGA